AUGGACAGGUGUGGCUGCGAUGGCCGAGUGGUUAAGGCGUUGGACUUGAAAUCCAAUGGGGUUUCCCCGCGCAGGUUCGAACCCUGCUCGCAGCAUCAGUUUCAGGUUGUUGGUCCAGAUGGUCCUCUUGUUGUUGGAGCUGGUGAAGAUCUGAUUCUGCCCUGUUCUCUCAAACCUAGCAUCAGUGCUGUGGACAUGACAGUGGAGUGGUCUAGACUCCAUACAUCAGACUCACUGGUGCAUUUAUACAAAGAUGAUGUUGACAGGAAUGAAUAUCAGUUUCAGUCUUACAGAGGGAGGACAUCACUGUUUAAAGAGGAACUGCAGAAAGGCAACACUUCAUUAAAACUCUCCAAAGUGAAAGUUUCUGAUGAAGGAAAAUACAAAUGUUAUAUUCAGUCAAAAGACUGGUCUGAUGAUAUUACUGUUCAAGUCAAUGUUGAAGCUGUGGGAACCCAGCCAGUGAUCUCUAUGGAGGGCUACAGUAUUGGUAAAGGACUCAGUCUAUUGUGUGAAUCAAAUGACUGGAGGCCUGAACCUACGAUUGUGUGGCUGGACAAUGAUGGAAAACUUCUCCCUGCUGAAGAUACAGAGACACUCAGUGACCCAGAAAGAUUCCAUGUUAAAAGACGUGUCACUGCACAGGACCGUAACACCAACAGGUUCUCCUGUAGAGUGAUAAUGAGAGAUCACAUGAAGGAGACAGAGAUUGUCAUCUCAAAGGAUGUGACUCUAGAUCCUGAUACAGCUCAUCCACUACUCAUGCUGUCUGCUGAUGGGAAACAAGUGACAUAUGAAGAUGAACCACAGGAGCUCUCUGAAAAUGACAAGAGGUUUGUUGAAAGAGUGGUUAAGGGGUCCAUCGAAAGGGUUAAGCAUAUUGAACGGAGGCCCGAAAAUGGAUUCUGGAUUUUCGGUCUGUUGUAUGAGACUUACAUGGCUCGAGCUGGUCCCAAUGUCUCCUUCUCUCUGAAAAAGAAUCCCGAGACAGUGGGGGUGUUUGUGGAUUUUGAGGAGGGUGUGGUCUCCUUUUAUGAUGUGGAGGCUGGAUCUCUUAUCUACUCUUUCACUGGUCAGACUUUCACCGAAACACUCUAUCCGUACUUUGCUCCAUUUGAACCUGCAGGAGGUCAAAACUCUGCUCCACUAAUCAUCACUCCUGUCAGUCACACUGAAUGA